CUCAAAUAUUGAAUUUGAUUGCCGAAAAUGUUUUGAUUAUUUUGACUCAUUGUUGUGCACGUGUUUGUUGCAGAUGGCUGUGCGGCCCAUUUUGUUAGUCACGUCUCUGAUUUCUUGCGUUUAUCCAUACAUGGGACCCAUGAUGGGAGUCCAAACGCAAUGCGAUGAUGGAAAAGUAUGACAUGCACCAAUUAACCCUAUGUACAAGUGUUGUUCCCGUCGGGUGGUGACGAAUCUGGUGGUAGAUUGGGACCCUACAGAUUUCUCCACUUUCACAUGCAUGAACAAGGCAUCGUACUCAGUGCAUCAGGAAAUUGAUCCGAUCUUCUACGAUCUUAAAGCGAGAAAUGCCUCAUUCGAUCCGACAAAGGAUGUGGUUUACCACAAAUGCAUGUCAGAGAGUAUCGAGUACAGUGAAUCGCCGCCGCUUAGAGGUGAUCAUAGACCGAACUGGGCUCGAUAUGGUGAAUAUCUCUAUGUUCCUGAACAACGAUGGCUUCAUAACUUGGAGCAUGGUUCGAUUAUCCUCCUUUAUCAUCCUUGUGCCGAUCAAAACGAAGUGGAAAAACUUCGAAAGAUUGUAACGCGCUGUCUGUACCGCCAUAUCAUCACGCCUUACAACAAGCUCAGUGAAAUUAGGCCACUCGCUUUGGUAGCAUGGGGUGCAAUGAUGGGGAUGGGUUCGGUUGACGAAAAGAAUGUGAUUGGCUUCAUCAGACAGCACGCUAGGAUCGCACCGGAAGACAUUUUUAAGGAUGGUAUAUACGAUCAGUAUCUUGUGAAACCUGCUUCGAUAGUGUCUGAUGAGAAGGACAGCAAUCUUUGCCCGCUACCAUAAUAUCGUUUUCGUUUUGUUUAUGCAAUCAUACUGUCGCUCAAUCUGAAAUGCAAUAUUCGAAGUGCCUUACUGAAGCUU